UUUGCUCCAGCCUCAGCUAUCUGGGGUGCGAUCAGUAUAAAAGCCUGAGCUGGCUGGAAGCUGCUAAGCAUCCGCAACCUCACCAGCAAGAUGAAAGUGUUCGCGCCCACUCUCCUAGUGGCCAUUUUCUUGGCCUCCUCAAACGCCGUCUGCAUUCCAGGCCAAGUUUCCAACGUGGUUCUCAGCUCCAACUACAGCCUGUCUUGGUCGGAGGCCUCAAAUCCCAACAACUGCACCAUCAACAACUACGUAGUUGAAGUGCUGGACACUGAGGACAGCACCAUUUUCCAGGUGCAAACAGUCACAAAUAUCCUGCAUUACAACUUCAACUUCCUGGACAUGUGCAAGAGUUACUCCUUCAACGUGCACGCUUUGACCAGCGAGUUUGUCUUGGGGCCUGCGGACAGCUACAGCGCCACCACAGAACCUCUGGAUAGUGCGAAUCUAACACUGGCCUACGUGGAACUGGAUGAAAAUGAGGGCAGCGAUGAUGCAAUAGAGAUCAGCUGGGACUUGGCAAGUGAUGAGGCCAGCAGAUGCGUUACCUCUUAUCGCGUAGUCUACUGGGACGAAAGGAACAACGCGCAAGAGGACUUCGUCACCUCGAAGUCCUUCGCGUUUGAGGAGGAAGCCGCCUGCAGGAACUACACGGUGCAAGUGAGCGCCAUCAUCGGCAACCCCAACAUUGAAGGCCCGCGCUUGACCACAGAAUUUCCUGGGCACAGCAAAGUCCCAGAGGUGCCCACUUCGAUAGAUGUUUCCACAACACCCGACUCUGUGACAAUGAUAUGGAAGGUGGAGUCCUACGAAACGAACCUUUGCACCAUGUUGGCCCUCAACGUCCGAACGCUUGGUGCCCCAAACGAUGAGACAGAUUUGCGAGUACUCAUCACGGAUGACGUUCUUAGGCCCGACGUGAUUGUUACUCUUACGGGGCUUUCACCUAACACUGUCUACACCAGCUACGUUAAUGCGGAAAAUGAGGCAGGAACCUCGAAGGAGGUCACCGUUAUCUUCCAAACUGAUGAUAUUGAGUAAAUGUACUACUAUUUGAACAUAUUUAUUUUCAGCUAAGUAUAUAUAAACUUCUUACUGCUACUUAUCUACGGGUUCUUAAAUCUAACAUCGUUAGAGUUUCUAACACUCUAUGUAACUUAAGAUAUGUCAUCGUAUAUAACUUAGUCGAAAUUAACCUAACUAACCUAAUCUAAACCUAAACCUAACAGCCUCUCUUGCUUCCUAUAACUAACUUAGAGUUAGCCCAUAGUCCUCGAUGUGGUGAGUAAACGUAGACUGGUGUAGAGGCUUAAGUGUUUGGGAAAUAAAAAACAUCCUCAUAGA